UCAAAUAAACUCCCUUCAGCCAUAUACCGCAAAAUGUGGAAUUGUUAACUUUUCUCUUUAUUUCACGAUGGUGGAUGGCAAGGUCUGUAAUUCUUUGAUGGAAUCGUCUGGAAUGGAAUGUUAUCUAUGUAGAGCAAAAAUUUCACAGAUGAACAAUAUUACUGCGUUACGUAUGAGAACGUUAGAGCCAGAAGGUUUUAAGUUUGGUUUGUCUGUUCUCCAUGCAUACAUUCGAUUUUUUGACUGUCUGCUUCACAUUUCUUAUAGAUUAGAAAUUAGAACUUGGAAGAUUCCCAAAGCACAGCAAAAUAGGGUACAACAACGAAAACACGUUAUUCAACAGAAAUUUCGCCAAACUUACGGACUUCUUGUUGACGUUCCAAAACAAAAUUACGGAACAUCGAAUGAUGGUAACACAGCGCGACGAUUUUUUGCAAACCCUAAAUUAUCAUCAGAGAUUACUGGUAUGACAAUUUAAUAAUAAGCGCACAUGCACU